UGAUCAAGACAACCCCCCCCCUUCCCCCCACCCCCCCUGGCAUGGAAUAACUCUGGCGACUGCCCGCACCUUGUCGGGAUCGGAAGCCUCUGCCGAUCCAUCUGCGCGGCACCGCUACCGAAGCGGAGCUAUUGGAUGAGACUCGGUCUAGACGCACCAGGCGAGGCUGCACGGAAAGCCGGAGGCUGACACCGGUCGGGUCCGCUUCAGGGUAAUGCCCGAGGUGCCCCAAAACAUGCAGGAAGAUAUCCAGCGCAUGGAACUCGAAGCUCGCGACACUGAACCAAACCGAGACGGCAAGCCAACCGCCCAGAUCGAGGAGGCCAAGUCCUUCAAACCCUUCCAGACCAGCGCCGCCGACGCCGCAGCCAUGGACGCCCCCUCGUUUUCCCCGUUCCCCAAGGUGAAGGGCGAAAACAUCCCGCCCAGCGACGAGGAGAAGGAGCAGAUCCUAUGGCAGGCGCGCAACCUAGUGCUCCACUCCAACAAUGUUUCGAUGCAGGUGACCUGGGCGCGCGACACGCUCAUCUGGGUCGAGAUCUGCCAGGACGCGCUGGCCAGGGACUGGAAGCGGGACGGCAAGGACAAGGAGCGACCGGCGACCCCCAAGGCCGAGCACGAACUGCGCGUAGAUGCUGUGAACAUCCUCGACUACCUAUCCCAGCAGGACCACCCCGAAGCGACCUUUAUGAAAGGGAAAUGGCUCGAGUUUGGCAAGUUUGGGUUCCGCGAGAACAAGCGGGAGGCAUACUCCUUCUACAAGAAGGCCGCUGAGAUGGGAUACGGCCGAGCUGAAUACCGGAUGGGCAUGCUGUACGAAAACUCCAACGACAUCCCGAAUGCCCUCAAGCACUACUCGCUCGGCGUCCAGCUGGGCGAUUCCGCGUCCAACUACCGCCUCGGCAUGAUGCACCUCAUGGGACAGCACGGGUACCAGAAAGAUUUCCUACAGGGACUGGAAAUGAUCCAACACGCCGCCGACACAGCUGAUGAGGAUGCACCCCAAGGGGCCUACGUUUACGGCAUGCUCAUCGCCCGGGAGCUGCCCGACAUCACUAUGCCCGAGCACGUCCUCCCUUGCGAUUUUGCAGUUGCCCGGCAGUACAUCGAGAAAGCGGCCUAUCUCAGCUUCGCCAAGGCGCAGCUAAAGAUGGGCCAGGCAUAUGAGCUGAGCCAGCUCGGCUGCGACUUUAACCCGGCAUACUCGCUCCAUUACUACGGCCUCGCGGCGCGCCAAGGCCAGGCGGAGGCGUCUCUCGGUGUUAGUCGGUGGUUUCUCUUUGGAUAUGAGGACCUAUUUCCCAAAAACGAGCAGCUGGCUUUCAAGUACGCCACCGAGGCGGCCCAGUCAGGGCUGGCAACCGGCGAGUUCGCGAUGGGGUAUUACCACGAAAUCGGCAUCCAUGUCCCGAAGGACGUACGAGAGGCGCGGAAGUGGUACGAGAUGGCGGCCGACCACGGGAACAAGGACGCGAAAGACCGGCUAGAGUCACUAAGCCAGUCCAGAACGCUGACGAAGGCGGACCACGAGACGACGACCCUCACCCGUAUCAAGUCGCAGCACGGUUCGCAACGUGGGAAGCGUCCUGACCGGUUUGCGAAGCAGAACAGCGUAUUGCCAACACUGAGCGAGGGCGAUCAGAAUGCUGCCACUCCCGGGAUCCAGUUUCCGGACCCAUCACCGAGGCCGCCCGCUUUUACCGUGAACCUCGACAAUAACAACCUCGCGAUGCGGCCCAAGUCCGCGGCACCUUAUCCUCACGAAGACCAACCGAUGCCGCUCAACGCCAGGCCGAAAUCCACCGCACCAUAUCCCGAAGGUGACAUGCGGGGCCCACACCUCAACCCAGCGACUCGUGUCCCUGUCGCCGCUGGUCCGCAUGCCGACCGUCCGGGGAGCGCCUUCGGCAUUCGCCCGCUAUCGCCCGGGAGCGGGUCACCCGCUGGCCCUGGGCGCGGCCGUCCCGUGUCGAGUCAGCCUUCGAUGGGAAGCUGGGACUCUCAGGCACCCGCCGGCUACAGGAAACCGAGCCCCGGCCCCGGUGGUCAGUGGCAGCAGCCGCCCCCACCGCAACACGACCCGCGGUAUGGAGCCGGUGGGCCCGGCAUCGUUCCCGCCGGUAUGCCUGUCGGCGACCCCACUCGCACUCGACUCCAGAAGCCCAACCCCAACCUCCAACCAACACCCCAGGGGCCCCCCGCAGGCCAACACCGGAUGGGUGGAGGUUAUCCCGGCGGUCCCGGUGGCCCUGGUGGUCAACCAGGGCGGGACUACGGGCGACCGGGCGCCAACAACCGCCCUGUCAGCGACGGCUACGGACCAGCAGGCGGUGGCAGCCCACACCCACCGGCGGCAGCCGGCCGCGUGCCCGUCCCUGCGGCAAGCAACCCCAAUCUCCGGCCCCAACACGGCGUGGCCGCGGGUUCGGGCGGCCGGCCGAUGUCGCACGUCGACGCCGGCCUGGCCGGGCGCACCAGCGCGCCGCAAACCGGACAGAACGCCAGACCGGGCCCGAGCCCGGCCGGUGCGACAUCAAGUCCCGGUCCAGCUACAGCAGGGCAACGGCCUCCGCCUGCCAGCUCUGGUGCCGGCGGUGCCGGCGGGAAACCAGCGGCGGGGAAUAUCAGCCAUCCCGAUGGGAAGACUAUUGGUCAGGGGCCUGCUACCUUUGAGGAGAUGGGUAUCCCGCAGGGAAAGACAGAGGGUGAUUGCGUGGUGAUGUAACCGACCAACAAACAGAUCGAAUUUCAACUCAAACAUGCCGGGUCUGGUUGGCCUAGGAUGGUUGAGAGUGGUAGUUUCGCAUUGCCCUAGAUAUGGAC